GAUGUAUAUGAUUUUAAUUGACAAACAAAACAAUAACAAAAAAUUCAGGACGUAAUACGAUUUAUCUCAACAAAAUAUUUAUUAAUUUGUUGAAAUUUUCAAGUGGUUUUCAACUUAUUGGAUAAUAUAUUCCAACGAUUUAAGAUCAAAAUGUUCAAGCAACGCAAACCCAAAUUCUGUAAAAAAAUGUCUAGAAAUUAUCGAUCUAAAAUAUCUAUACAAUCCAAUAACCUAUCCUUAUCAACUUCAAAUGUCAAUAAUACUGCGUGUUCUAGGAAGAAAUCAAAAUAUAUAUUUUCAACCGUUUCAGCGACAUCAAACAAAAAUUACAAAUCAUCUAUGACAAUUAAACAACCACACUUUAUCACAAAAGCCCCUAAAAAUGCAGCAGUGCAUUUUGGAAAUUUUUAUGGUCUUUGGGAUGAUGCAGGAAAAAUAUAUUGCAAUAACCAUUUAAAAAAAAAAGAAACAACGAUGAUUAACAGAUCACAUCGAUUAGAAUUUACUAGGCAGAUGGUGCACAAAUUAGAAAAAGCAACUGACAUGGAAGAUUACAUGCGACAGGUGUCAGUUCUUCUGAAGAAGACAGUAGAGCCGUCCAACUUUAGGUUGAAUCAAUUUCUAUCUAAAAAUUCAAUUCCUGACGGAAAUCGAAGUUCCUCGGAUUAUCCACUGUGGUACAAGGAGCCUCAUAAUAUAUCGUUAAUAUUCUGAAAUCCUAUUGCUCAACUUAAAGCAUGAGCUUUGAAAAAUCUAUUUCAUUCGAAACAAUAUGGUAUAUUAAUGUAUAAAAAUUUAUGAAAGCUGUAAUUAAAGAAUAUCUGAGCAAAAAGAGAAUGCCAUA